ACACGGCCAGGCUCUGUGGCAUAAGGGUCAAUCCCUUUUCGAAGUUGGGCGUCCCCCAGCCACCAAGGCAGGGGAAGUCAGGGGGGUGCGCAGCCUGGUUAGCCCCAGGCACGAUCAGACAGAUGUUGUAACGCUGCAAGCAACUGAGGUACAGGAGGUUUUAUUGAGCUCUCAACCACGCUAUACCUACAGUAGAGUCCAGAAGACGAACUCUUAAGAUCCCUCGUUCUACCGCAGGGCGGACAAUCUUGAGCCCCAACAACUCUCUCCGUCAUGUCUGACUCUUCGAUGGCCGCGCCUGUGUAUGGCCCGCGACCUUACCCUAUUGGCGAAAAUGAUCACCGAGGAAUCGUCAUGACAAUAGGUGUCUUGUAUAUCAUAUACGCCUUCAUGAUCCUCGGCAUGCGUCUGGCCAGCAAGUAUAAUCACAUGGGUGUCGAUGACUGGUUGUCCAUUGCUGCAACCGUAUGUUCGACAUGUGCUCAUUAGAUCAUCUGGAAAAGGCUUACAACCUGCACAGGCAAUUGCUGUACCACAGUUCGGAGCUGUUAUUGCAGCGACAACCAACGGAAGCUUUGGCUCUUCCUACAGUCUGCUUUCGUUAAGCGAUACCAACACAGUUGCUCGUUGCAUCCGUGCAAGCGACGUACUCUUCCUCCUGGCGAUAUUCGUCGCCAAAUGCUCCGUCAUUAUGCUGACCCGACGCUUGUUUGCCGCCCAACAGCAUCAAAAGCGUGGUAUGUGUGAGAUAACCAUGGGUCUGUGUGCUGCAUGGUGCCUAGGCUCUAUCCUGGCAGUCACAAUCGGAUGCAAUUCCUCGGGUGCGAUUCAUUCAGAGAGCGGAGGGAGAUGUUCAGGCCUUGUCAAGCGCUGGACCGUUAUCGGAGUGCUCGAUGCGUUGCUUGAAAUCCUUAUCUGGUUCCUCUCUCUAGUUGUGCUUGUUCCUCUCCAGAUGAGUUGGCAAAGAAAGUUGCAGGCAUCUGCAAGCUUCAUACUGAGAUUACCCAUUAUCAUCUUCAUCGGGCUCAACAUCAAGUAUGUGUCUGUCUUCAACACAGCGUCUGAUGCCGGAAUCGCGCUCACAUCACCUGUUCUUUUCCGUGAAUCCCAACUGCUUUACGCUCUUUUCUCUGCCGCCGUGCCGGCUUUGAAUCAGUAUCUACGCAAACUAGAUACCACGCACGCCACCCAAUUCGGGUACCGGACAGAUCAAUACGGCAACGAAUCAAGCGGACGGGCCUAUGAGUUGAGCCGUGUAGCCAAGCAGACAAAUCAAGGAAGCAUGACUGGCAACAAUGGUAUUGACGAUAUCAAUGGCUCAGGAGCAAAGAGUUCCGGCGCCGACUUCAGGAAUGCUGGAUAUACACAAUACCAUGCAAGAGUUGAUGGGCCAACAAUGGGCAAGGCUCAUGAUGGGAUCUCCAGUGCCUCGCAGGAGGACGGUUCUGUGGGCAGGAAUGGCAGUGAGGAGCUCAUCAUCCGGAAGGAAGUGGCGUAUGAGGUGCGAGACGAAUAGUAGUGUAGUGUACGAUUGGUGGCCAUAUCGAGGUCCAGGGGUAACUGGUUGAAUAGCUCGUCAAAAGUAUGCUGUAACAUUAUA